AUUGCGAUCCAAUGGAGUAUGGGUCAUAGGAUGCAGCAGUGCAGUUGCCUCACAUAUUUACAAGUGCACAACAUGCAGAAAGUACAGAAGGAGCACACAAGAUCCAAAAAUGGCAGAUUUGCCAGAAGAAAGAAUGGAAAUGACGCCUCCUUUCACAUAUUGUGGCAUGGAUUGCUUUGGACCAUUCUAUGUGAAGGAAGCAAGAAAGGAACUAAAGAAAUAUGGUCUUCUUUUCACCUGUAUGUGUUCUAGAGCCAUACAUAUAGAAAUGCUUGAUGACCUCACUACUGAUGCCUUUAUCAAUGCAUUACGUGUUUUCAUCGCAAUACGCGGACAUGUAAGACAGUUGAGAUGUGAUCAAGGCACAAACUUUGUUGGUGCAAAAGGAGAGCUCAUGAAGGCAAUGAAAAACUUGGAUCAUGAACAGUUAAAGGAAUAUGGAUGCGAGUUCGUAAUGAACUUCCCAUCAUCGAGCCACAUGGGAGGUGUAUGGGAAAGACAGAUAAGGACGAUCAGAAGUGUUUUAAGCGCAAUCCUUGAUCAGUCUUCUCAACGACUCGACAGUACCUCGUUGAGAACCUUUCUGUAUGAAGUGAUGGCUAUUAUAAAUAGCAGACCUCUUACAACUGAGCAUUUAAAUGACCCAACAAGCCUUGAACCUCUCACGCCUAAUCACAUUCUUAUGAUGAAGUCUAACAUAAUAUUCCCACCUCCAGGAGAGUUUGUGAGUCAGGAUGUAUACUUGCGCAAGAGAUGGCGCCAGGUGCAGUUUUUGGCAAACGAAUUUUGGGCAAGGUGGAAGAAGGAGUAUCUCCUUAAUCUUCAGCAAAGACAAAUAUGGCAGAAAGAGAAGAGAAAUACGAAGGUUGACGACAUUGUCAUCCUGCAGGAGGACAGUUCUCCACGUAACCAAUGGAGAUUGGCAAGGGUGACAGAGGUGUAUCCGAGCACUGAUGGAAAGGUUCGAAAGGUGAAACUGUUAAUUAGUGACUCGACCUUAGACAGCCAGGGAAGACGUAUUUCCAGACCAGUCUACCUUGAUAGGCCUGUACAAAAGACAGUUUUACUGCUUGAAGCAGACUAAAGGUUAUGGUUACCAUUUCACGAAAAACAGUAUUUUAUGUUACUGUAAGGUUUAAGGUUUAUUGUAUGGUUAAAUUAAAGUGUGAAAGGGUUUGAAUUGUGAGGUGAAAUGACAAAAUAGUCAUUUGGUGGGAGUAUAACUGCCAUACAUAUUAUUUCUGUUAUUGAACAUGUUUUUUGUUAUGUUUGUUUAAUCUAUUCGUGAAUGUUGAGUGUUUAUGUUGACUGGGAACUAAAGUGCAUUAAUUUUAAGGUGUGUUGCACACGGACGCUUUUUGAGAUGCAACAGGAAAGAACGGACUUUGGUCAGAAGUUAUUCUCCGCGUGUGGAAUAGAAGUUUUACACGUUUUUCUGAGAUAAAAGUAAAGAUGCUUUUUGUGUUUUCCUUUUGAGACGGGUGUUUCAAGUGAACUCAUUCCUUCUGGGUUAAAUGCAGCCAGCGAGUUUGACGGUGGAUUUUGAUGGUGAAUGUGACGAAGGAGAGAAAGAUGACAACUGUAAUAAAUCCAUCAGUAACCAGAA